UUUUUAACCUCGUCUGUUUUUUUUUUUUUCUUUUCUCCCGAUGUUAAACUAACAAGACUUUUUGGGGAGGAAAAAAUAAAGAAGCAGUAACUGGAAUACAUUUUUGGAGGGAGCUGGGAUUAUUUUUCUGAAACUGAACGGGAGAAACAAAAGCUUCCAGAUUUGUGUUUCUCACUGUUUAUUUAUUGGAAAGUGAAACACUGAUUAAAAAAAAAAAAAACAUUUCUCUUAGCAUCUGCUACGGCAUGGUGGCGGUGAACAAAAAACUAUAAAUAACCAGUAAUAUCCGCAAAAACUAAUCGGAACUGAGAUAACUGGGUAUCGGUAUCUAGAUAUUUUUAUUUUUUAUAGUUUUUAUUUAUUUACAACAUCAAAACUGAUUUUUCUUGCCACAAGCGAGAACAAGACCUGUCUGUUUUUAUCGAGCGUAGGUUCAUGUGUGAAUUGUUAUGUCAGCACACAUCUCGGGAUUCCGGGAGUAUUAUUGCACACCUUUUGCAAUUUACUGCUUCAGUCCAGUCUUGUUUUAUCAUUGAAAAAUACCCCCAAUAUUUAGGACGAGCUGGGAGAUCAGAAUAGUUUAUGAAUGGAGUUAUGAACACAAACUAUUUGAUUUUAUUACCAAUCAAUUCCGGAUUUGUUCUUUUGGUCUAUUUUAAUCCAACUCGUCUAGCUACAUCGUGGGGAUUUACUGUUAUUUAAUAAAACCGGCACAACAUGGACCUGUUUUGGACAGAAAUACACGUUGCCUGCCCGUAGGAAUACGGUACUGAAACACGACACUUUUUGUUUUGAAUCGGUUCGGAUCUGGACCUCAUCACCCAGAUAUUGGUACCCUCAGGAAACUAAUUUUGGAUUUACAAAUGUAGUUCAUUUUUCCUGUUCUUUUGACGCCUGUAUUGAUUUAUAAUAUCAGUCUGUUUUGGAUUAUCUUCACCACGGUUUGGGUUCUUGUGGAUAGUAUUUAUUUUAGAUUUUGAUUUUCGUGGUGGUGUGAGUGACCCUAUUCGGCUCGGCUCGGUCUCAGUACCGGUCCCGGAUUCCGUCAUGCCCAGCUCUGGCGAGCCGCUUCGCGGAGGAUCAUGACUGCUGCAGCGAACUGGGUGGCUAACGGGGCGAGCCUUGAGGACUGCCAUUCCAACCUCUUUUCUCUGGCAGAGCUGACCGGUAUCAAAUGGCGUCGGUACAGUUUCCAUGGGAACGGGGAGUGCGGCCCGGUGAUCUCGGCGCCGGCCCAGGACGACCCCAUCCUGCGCAGCUUCACGCGCUGUGUCCACGCCAACCUGCUCUGCGUGUGGCGCCGGGACGUCAAACCCGACGCCAAGGAGCUGUGGAUCUUCUGGUGGGGUGAGGACCCCAACCUCGCUGACAUCAUCCACCAUGAGCUGGAGGUGGCGGAGGAGGGGCUGUGGGAGAGUGGGCUGUCUUACGAGUGCAGGACGCUCCUCUUCAAGGCCAUCCAUAACCUUCUGGAGAGGUGCCUCAUGGACAAAAGCUUUGUGCGGAUUGGGAAGUGGUUUGUCAAGCCAUACGAGAAGGACGAGAAAACUGUGAAUAACAGUGAGCACCUGUCCUGCGCAUUCACGUUCUUCCUGCACGGUGAAAGCAAUGUCUGCACAAGUGUGGAGAUCGCUCAGCACCAGCCGGUGUACCUGAUCAAUGAAGAGCACAUCACCAUUGCCCAGAGCAGAGCCGCCCCCUGCCAAGUGAUUCUGAGCCCCUAUGGGCUGAGCGGGACCCUCACUGGCCAGGCCUACAAGAUGUCUGACCCGGCGGCCCGCAAGCUGAUGGAGGAGUGGUGCUACUUCUACCCCAUGGUGCUGCGCAGGAGGGAGAGCGAGCGGGCCGACGGGGAGCCAGGCUACGACAACAGCAGCCACGUGGCGGUCGAGGUCAUUGUGGGUGGUGUGCGGAUGGUGUACCCCUCUGCCUUUGUGCUCAUUGCUCAGAGCGAUCUCCCUGUGGCUCAGCCCUCCCCCAGCGCAGGAAUGCGGGACCCCACAGGCUGCAGCAUCCCCCUGACUCCCCCCAGCUCCCCAGAGCAGACCUGCACAGGUGACAGUGGGAUCCAGACAGCGAUCAGCAGCCUGCCGGGACAGGAGCCGGGCAUCGUGACCAGCCCCAAGCAUUCGGGGAGAAAACUGGCCAACCAGACUGUUCAGCAGGUGUGGAAGGAGUGCUACCGGAACAGAACACAGCACAAGAGGACCUUGUCUGGCAGCACAACCCCCGAGGAGGAAGUGCCAGCGUGGGGCUUCACCGACCUGGUGGAGCGAGUGCCCUGCUGCUGUUCCAGACACAAGCUACAGAAGCAGCGCCAAAUCACUGCAGUAGGCCGCACCCCCUCGAAUCCUCAGCCUGGCUGCAACCCCACCCCUCCUGCUGCCCCCUCCCUCCCCCCUCCCACACCCCUCAAGCACAAGGCAGCCGACAAACCCGAGAAGAUAGACAAACAACCCAAGAAACAGGCACUGAUCCCCUUCCACCAUCGCCCCCUCUUCUGUGAAGAGCUCUGCCUGGAUCAGGACCCCAGAGCUGGACCCAAGCUGGGAUCCAUAGACCCCCCCACUGAGGUUCCCCCUGACCGCAAGUACUCCAAGCAGCUCCCCCCUCCCGGUAAAGCCCUUGAUUCCCCCCCGCACUCCCCGGCCUCCCCUCUGCCCCCCACCCUCAGCCCGCACCCUCGGGGGCAGGACUCGGAUGGGCGGGAGCCUGGUGUGGGUCUGCCCAUGUACCAGGAGCUCCUACCAGGCCGCAGGCUGCCCGAUCUGAGUGAGACGGCUCUGUAUGUGCCCCCGCUGUGCUCCGGCAAGGAGGGGGGAGGCUGGUGGAGAGGCUACAAGACCCCUAACGCAGAGGACUCUGAGUUCAGAACCCCUGAACUGCUUCCCGACUGCGGAGAGUUAAAAAUGGAGGCUGUGACUGAGGGGGCUGCCCUGAAAAGGCUCUUCGCUCAGCCCCACAAGCGUUUCAAGAUGUGUGAGGAGCGUGUCCGUGAGCAGGUGCAGACGGGGACCGAGGGGCUGGGGGACCCCUGUGACCCCUACACCUUUGUGGAUGGAGAGAUAGAGUACAGCUUCACCGCCAGCAAGAGAGGAAGAGGGCAGAGCCAGGAGAGAGACCCCUGCAGGAAGACAAAGGCGGAAGAUGGCAACUCUACCCCAGUGCCUGAUGGGAAAGACGCUAUGUCAAUUUUUAGCUCUGCUCCCAAGUCAGAAGAGCCACAGGAGGACAGUGCUGCGGCCAAAGCCAUCCUCAACCCCAGCCUGACCAGGGAGACCGACCUUGUGGUCCUCAUCUCUGACCUGGAGAACAUAUUCGACAACUCAGACUCGGACGAGCUGGGGACCUCUUCCCCAACACGCCGGUCCUUGAAGGCCACCGCCUUGGGAUUUGAAGAUCGCCCCCUAGGGAAAGACGGUAGAACUACUGUGCCAUAUCAUCCAACAGUGGCAGAUCUUCAGCGCAUGUUCCCCACGCCCCCCUCUCUGGAGCAGCACCCUGCCUUCUCUCCUGUCAUGACGUACCGGGAUGCUCUGGGCUCAGAGCCUGCCAACCUUGCCAGCAUGGAGACCCCCUUGAGCAUGCUCGCCAGCGCCCCCCUCUGUGCCUUCAGGAUGGAGGUGGAGGAAGGCAUGGCCAGCCCCAAGCCAGAGGAGAUCAAGGACUUUUCCUUUGUGUUCCGGCCGCCCCAAGUGCAGCCCCUGAUUGGGUCGUCCAUGUUUGCCCCCCUGCGGACCCUCCCCAGCCAGUGCCUCCCACCCAUCAAGAUCCCAGAGUCCUGCUGCUACCGGCCGCCCUGGUCCGUGCCCCCCAAGAUCGAACAGCUGCCCCUGAUUCCACACGGCCCUUUCAGUCGAGAUGGAUAUGUCAAUGUGCCUAGCGUGGGAAGCCUGAUGGAGCAGGACUACAUUCAGAUGAACACGCCCCAGACCAGCACACCAGCAGCAGUUAACAGUGCAGCCUCUGCCAGCAACACUGCCAUCCAGCCCUCCCCCUCCCCAGCCACUCCUCGCUUCUCUGUGCCCACCCCUCGCACCCCCCGCACGCCCCGCACGCCCAGGGGAGGUGGGGCUGCCAGCGGGCAGGGGUCAGUUAAGUACGAUGGAACGGAUUUCUGCUCCCCAGCCUCCACUCCCUCCACUAGCCGACCGCUUAGCUCUGUGGAGCCCUCGGCUCUGGCCCCUCUGCCUGAGGCACACAGCCUGUACGUGGUGCUCAUCCUGUCUGACUCUGUGCUCAACAUCUUCAAGGACCGCAACUUCGACAGCUGCUGCAUCUGCGCCUGUAACAUGAACGUGAAGGGGGCCGACGUGGGGCUGUACAUCCCUGACUCCACACGGGAAGACCAGUACCGCUGCAUGUGCGGCUUCAGCGCCAUCGUCAACCGUCGCCUUGCUCAUGCCGCGGGCCUCUUCCUGGAAGACGAGCUGGAUAUCUUCGGCCGGGGCUCGGAGAUGGGCCAAGCGGCUGAGAGGAGACUGUCACUGUGCCGCAGGACCUCCCCGCUUGGAGACCCUGCCAGCAAGCGUCCUCAAGACCCCUCCGCGGCUCUGUUGGUGCUGCUGCAGGAGCAGUGCUCCCAGCCCCUCUCCUCCCUCAGCUCCCUGGACCUCCUCGCCACCUGCUCCUGCCCCGGACGCCAGGGGGCUCUCUCGCAGAGCUGGGCUGCUGAGAAGCUGUGGGCGGACGGGAGUGACUCUUGUGUGGAGUGUUUUAAUGCGCUGGAGCAGGGGCAGCAGUAUGUGGAUAACCCGGCUGGGGGCAAAGUGGACCAGGCCCUUGUGAGGAGCAGUGCUCUGCAUGACUGGCCUCAUAAUAGCGUGCUGGAUGUCAGCGCGCUGUCCUCACAGGACGUGGUGCGCAUGCUGUUGUCCCUGCAGCCCUUCCUGCAGGACGCCAUCCAGAAGAAAAGGACCGGCCGAACCUGGGAGAACAUCCAGCACGUGCAGGGCCCGCUCACCUGGCAGCAAUUCCACAAGAUGGCCGGCCGUGGCUCCUACGGUUCGGAGGAGUCCCCAGAGCCGCUCCCCAUCCCCACUCUGCUGGUGGGCUAUGACCGGGACUUCCUGGCUCUGUCCCCCUUGGCCCUGCCCUUCUGGGAGAAGCUGCUGCUGGAGCCAUAUGGGGGCCAGAGAGACACCGCCUUCCUAGUGGUGUGUCCCGACAGUGAGGCCCUGAUCAGCGGGGCCAAGAGCUUCUUCAGGGACCUGAGCUCUGUCUACGAGGCCUGCCGGCUGGGGCAGCAUCGGCCCCUUGCCAAAGUUUCCCGGGACGGUCUGGUGCGUGUGGGCUCCCUGUCACCACAGCGCUUGGAUGAAGUGCCAGUGGAUGAGUGGUUCAGUCAGCCCUGGGGGAGCAAUGGGGAUGAGGACAACCUGACCAAACUUCGGCUCUACGCACACACCUGCAGACACCAACUGGCACCUCAGCUUGCAGCGCUGACACUAGACAGCACCCUGCUCCUGCCUCCCAAACCUCAGCCCCCAACGGCACCCCCUACAGGCCAGUCCGCGCCAAGCUCCCUGCCAUCUGCUCCACUGCCCACAGGACAUACUUCCACCCAUACCCCCCCAGCCCCACCCGCGCCGGGGCCCCCCCCACCCCAGUCCAGGACCACUGCAGGGCAGACAGGGACCGAGCGCCCCCAGGAGAACUCCCUGAACACAGAGGCUGAGAAUGGGCAGAGCCUGGCUCCACCAGCAACAGGGCAACAGGAGAGCCAGGAGAGCUCUGCAGAGAGGGAGCGAAUCGGAAUCCCCACAGAGCCUGAGUCGGCAGACAGCCACGCCCACCCGCCGUCGAUCGUGGUUUACGUGGUGGACCCCUUCCAGAAUGAGGCUGCCGAGGAGGCGGAGCCUGGCAGUGUGUGGCUGCUGGGACUGCUGCGCUGCUACACUGACAUCCUGCAGAGCCUGCCUGACACCCUGAAACCAGCCCUAGUACUGCAGCUGGUGCCCUGCCAGUACCUGCUUCAGCCUGUGAAGGAUGAGCGCUCCCACUACAUCCAGCACCUGCGAUCGCUGGCCUUCUCUACCUACUCACAGUGCCGGCGCCUGCUCCCCACGCAGAUACACAUCAAGAGCCUCACCGGCUUCGGACCUGCAGCCACCAUCGACACUGUGCUCAAGAACACAGAGCGGCCCAGUCCUCUGCAGCUGUACUCUCCCCCCUUCGUGCUGGGACCCAUGCGGAACCGGCAGCUGGAGAUGGGGGAGGCAGCGGGGGAGGCUGCUCAGCGCUACAGUGUUCUCUUGGUGGGGUACUGCCUGUCCCAUGACCAGCGCUGGCUGCUGGUUUCCUGCACAGACCUGCACGGGGAUCUGCUGGAGACCUGCGUUAUCAACAUCGACGUGCCAAACCGGGCUCGCAGGACGAAGGUUUCUGCCAGGAAGAUGGGCUUGCAGAAGGUGUGGGAGUGGUGUGUGGGCAUCAUCCAGAUGACAUCACAGCCAUGGAGGAUAGUGAUUGGCCGGUUGGGGCGUCUGGGUCAUGGAGAACUUAAGGACUGGAGUAUCCUCCUGGGAGAGUGCUCUCUUCAGUCCAUUAGUCGGCAGCUCAAAGAGACAUGUCGGAUGUGUGGUAUCUCAGCCUGCGACUCCCCCUCUAUCCUGAGUGCCUGCCUGGUCGCCAUGGAGCCCCAGGGAUCCUUCGUCGUGAUGCCAGACGCAGUGACCAUGGGCUCUGUGUUCGGCCGCAGCACUGCCCUCAACCUGCAGACCUCUCAGCUCAACACCCCGCAGGAUGCCUCUUGCACGCACAUCCUGGUCUUCCCCACCUCUGCCACCACCCAGGUGGCACCUGGGACCUACCCCAUAGAAGACAACCAAGAUGACAUGUUUGACAUCCCGUUCCCGGACGAGCUAGAGAGCGACAUUGGGAAUGACAUGAUGCUGAUCACCUCCUCCCCUGUACCGUCCCCAGGGUCCCCCUCGGGGAUCGGGGGAGGCUCCCACUUCCAGCACAGCCGGAGUCAAGGAGAGAGGCUGCUGUCCCGGGAGGCCCCAGAGGAGCUCAAGCAGCAGCCGCUGGCUCUCGGCUACUAUGUCUCCACUGCCAAGGCUGACAACCUACCGCAGUGGUUCUGGGCAUCCUGCCCGCAGGCACAGUACCAGUGCCCGCUCUUUCUCAAGGCUUCCCUUCACCACCACAUCUCGGUAGCUCACACAGACGAGCUCAUCUUGAACAAGAACUCCCAAAGGACCCCCCACCCACUCGACUCUAAGACCACCUCUGAUGUGUUGAGGUUUGUCCUGGAGCAGUACAACUCCCUUUCCUGGCUCACCUGCAGCCCUGCCACCCAGGACCGCCGUUCCUGCCUGCCCGUCCACUUUGUGGUCCUCACACAGAUGUACAAUGCCAUCCUGAACAUGCUUUAGCAGAGGGAGAGGGCACACUGCCCAAUCCUCCAUAUGUAUAUUUAAAAAAAAAAUGAAGAAGAUGCCAUUUCUGAGCUGGUAAAGAAGCUCAAUGCACUGACAGGGAAAGCCACACUGGCUGACCAUCUGCACUUAAGUGCUUUGAGAGUAAACCUAGCAAGGGCUGCAACCUGUCAAGACAGGGUCCCAUUUGAGGAGCACCAGUCCAUUCCUACUGGACUAAAGAAUGGAUUCAGUCCAAUACAGCACUCACGGUACUGCCCAGUUCUGUUGCACUAUCCAAUCACAUUUCCAGACAUAGAAAGAUACAACUCUAAAACCAAACUCGCUUUUGACCUGAGCCUCCUAAUUAAUGAGGAAAGGCAUGAGAGGCAGGUGAAUGAGUCGAUGUACCCCCUAGACCUUUAUGGAUGUCAAGUCAGUCUUUCCUGAGAGAGGCCCAGACUCAAUGGCAGGCAGGGGGUGUUCAGGUCAGGUACAAGGUGUGUCAUAGUGCCUGCCUCACUGUAACUAGCGCCACUGCCUUUCAACUUUCAUGAGCACUACACUCAGAAGCACCAAUGUGAAGGCAAUAUAUAUAAAAAAAAACAUUUAACAAACACUUUAAAAAUGCAUUUUAGAUACCCUGGAAAGAUUGAAUAUCGCAGCAGAGCAGUAGGAGCGGUGGUGUUCAUAAUUCAUUCUAACUCUGCUCUGCUGGUUUCUGCCAAGUCAAUCCAGCCAACCACUGUUGCAUCGUUUUAAGAGAUUUCAUGCCUUAUUAACACAUUUCCUAGCUGAUAUCGUCCUUGCCCUAGAAUACAGUGUUUCAUUUGAGAAGCUGAUUUGCAUGUGGCUUCAAACUUCAAAAUCUACAGUUAAAACUUUUUUUUUUCUAUUAAGUGUGUGUGAUUGUCUGCCUAAAAAAAACAUACACAGAACGGUCAAACAUUUUGGCUAAUGCCUUCAUCAGUGUUGUCUUAGAAUGAAGUUCUUGGCAUGGAUUAUUUCAGCAGAUGGAAGAAAAUGUAGCCAACAAAUUAUCAGCAGGACUGCAGCUAAGUAAUCUAUCAGCAAUCCACCUGCUACUGAGACAAGCUUAAACACAGACUUCUGUGUAACUUCAUGCUUGCAGAUGGAUUCAUAAAACUUAGCGUGAGUUUUAAGCAGCUAAAGUCAAACAGACAAACAUUUAACCUUUUCUUUCCACUCAAGACGUCUAGGUUUUGAAAGCUAUUUUAUAUACACUCUUUACUGAUCACAAUACCAGUGAAAACCCUUUAUGAAAAAUGGUUUCUUACUAGUACUUUGGUAUUGUAACAAUAAUGAAUUGUAUAAGGUAUAUUGUAUAAUUGUACAUUCAGACUAUGGUUUAAUUGUGCCAAAAAAAAAAAGAAAACAGUCUCUGACCAGUAUUAAAGAAGAUAAAUAAAAUUAUUAAAUACAGUUUACAAAUGGCGUAGAGAAAUCAGUUUUACAUGUGUUAAGUGCAUAUUGCACUAAUUAAACAGAUAGGUGUCUAUAAUAUAAUCUGUCAAGCUAUUUACAGUAUAAGGCAGAUUUCAGUUCAGGCUUGUAUUAGUUAAUAGCUAAGAAUAAUAUAGUACACAGCAACAAGACGACUAGCGCACUCCAGUUAACACUCGCUUUGGAUUGCCUUAACUAAGGUAACAGUAGGUCAUCCAGGAUUAGUGCUAAUCAGGGUCUGUGCUAAUCCAGCCAUUGAGGUCUAGAGGAGAGGGACAAGUUGUAGCCGCUGCUUUUAUGAAUAUAGUGUUGGAUAGUUGAAAGUCGUGCUGAGCUGUGUGAAUCCAGGUGUUUGCAUGACUGUCUUUGGAAACAUGCUUGGGGCAGGUUACUGUGUAUACUGCUCUCUUCCUCUGCUGUGUCUUGUAUCGUGUGCUUUGACUUCCAGACAAGCUCAAAUCCCAGUAAAGGAAAGUGGCCAUUCUCUGUGAAAUCCCAGCCAUGCUAGUUCUGGACUGCUGGCUCACAUGACUGGAAAGCUGUCCGAUAGUUGGCAAUGCUGGCUCAGUAGUCAAUUUAAAAAGUCUUUGAUGUCUGCAUUCUUUGGAAUGCCUCAAAUGGGACAUUUGUUUUUGUCAGUGUUGUAAUUAAUAAUGCCAGCCCAAGAACGGUGUUCAUUAAACUCUCAUGGUGAAGUUCUUCCAGUUUUGAAACCCAGUUGCAGCUUAGAUGUCUUGCACUG